CAAUUUUAAAUUUAAGUAUGUAACAACAUCUAAAGACUGUUCAAAAAUUGUACCUUUUAUUCAUUUUGAUAGGAUUUCAGCAAUAAAUUUUAAAUUAAACGAGAGAGCAGAGAAAAUUGAAAUUGAUCAGUCAAAUGGUAACAAUUCUACAAAAUACCAAAUUGUUAAUAUUCAUAAUCCAAAAGUGAGAUUUGAAUUUUACAAUAGAGAGGGUUAUGAUGGAUCGUUUUAUAUUCAAAUUAGAAAGAUGAAAGUUUGAGAGAAUAAACGCGAAAAUUUAAUUUAUUGGUACUUGUGUAGUUUCCCUCCCAUAAGCCCCGCCCCUUCUCUCCUUUAUUAUAAAGAGGACAACAUUAUUUUUUGUUUUUCAUUGACUUUUGAUUAAAUUAUUUUUUUAUAAAAUUAAUUUGUUGUUUUUAACAGGUUGAAGCCUGAAAAUUUAUUUUUAAUACAUUUAAGAGAUUUGGAUUUUUUCCUAUUUUUUAGAUAAUUAAAAUGCUUUCUCUUCCAUUUGAAGUUCAACUUGAUAUAUUAAAGUGUCUUGAUUUCAACCAAUUAUUUGAUAUUAAACAAACCAAUCUUUACUUUUGCAAUUUAAUUAAUAAAUAUGAGGGGGAAUUGGCUAGACUAAAAUUUAAAAGAAUUACAAUAUCUGACCCAGGCUUUCCUCGAGUGCCAUCUCCAUAUAAAUCUAUUAAACCUAAGUCUACUGAUUUUGAAUUUGCUUUGAAUGAUCAACUUAAGAAGAAGUGGCAAGCAGCGAUAGACAAAUCAAUUCCAUUGCUUUAUAAUAUAGAACCAGACGACGGAAAAUCUGUCAGUAUUACUACAGUGGACAAAAAACUUGACUAUUUUCUAAAUUUGCCAACAUUUCCAAAAAAUAUAGAAGAAAUGAUUAUCGUUCGUUGCUGGUUAGAACAACUAUUUAAAUGUGCUUUUGAAUCUGCCGAUUUUUAUCAAAAUGUAUUUAACCCAGAAUUAAUCAAUAUAUUAUUCGAUAACGACAAAACACUUCCCCUUCAAUUUAACACUCAAAAAGCAAUUUUAUCGGCUGAAAAUAAAACAUUUGAAAAUGUUUUAAAAUACGCUUUAACUCAUCUAUCCAUUGCUGAAUCUCUUAAAAUCUAUCUUUAUUUAACCUACAUAUCUUUUGCAAGUGCUGAAAUUAGUGAGCAAUAUACAGAUAUUUUAUUCAAUAUUUUAAUAAACGAAGGCAAUAGAUGUCCAAAAAUUUGUUUAGAAGGUUUUAGGUUUCCAAGGAUUUAUGAUCUUAUUACAGAAGUAAGUAAACGUGUCUGAUGAAAACGGCAGUGGUGAAUUGGGCAGAGUUAAAUGGUCAGUGAGUAAUUUGGGCAGUAAACGUUUUUAAAAAUAAUUUUAGACACAAAAACACGUUUACUGCCCAAAACAUGCCCCCUAAGUAAAGCUUGUAGAUAUUUAAGAACCCAUUUAUUCGUAAGCCCAAAAUGGUCAAAGUAAUCUAAU